CGUCGUCACUACCACCUCGCAGUCUAAUUAAACACGUCUUCCUUCCGACACUCCGACGCUCACUCACUAGAGGCAUCCACCCGGCGUCACCUACCUAUAAGUACCCGCCCCGGACCGGAGUGACAGUCAGGGAAUCAUGAGCAAUUCAAACUUCCUCGACAAAGCGAUCGAGAUCGUGGGCAAGGCGAUCGAGUAUGAUACCAAGGGGGAGUACGCUGAGGCGUACAAGAAUUAUCAGAGUUCUUUGGAUUAUUUCUUGAUGGCCAUGAAGUACGAAAAGAACGACAAGCUCAAAGCCCUCAUCCGAAACAAAUUCACCGAAUACCUCGACCGCGCCGAAAAGCUCAAAGAACACUUGUCCAAAUCCGACGAAAAGCGUUCCCGAGCCAAGGUCGGGGCGAACGGGUCCAGCUCGGGAUCGACCGGUGCAGGCGGUGUUGGCGGUGGUGCUGGUGGAAACGGAUCCGGGGAGGGGGGUGACGAUGUCGAUCCCGAGGUGAAAAAGAUGCGAGCAGGACUAUCCGCCGCCAUCCUCUCCGAGACCCCGAACGUACAAUGGUCCGACGUGGCCGGUCUGGCUCAAGCCAAGGAAGCCUUGAAAGAAGCCGUCAUCCUACCCAUCAAGUUCCCUCAACUGUUCACGGGCAAGAGGACCCCUUGGAAGGGGAUCCUGCUUUACGGACCUCCGGGGACGGGAAAGAGUUUCUUGGCGAAAGCCGUCGCUACCGAGGCGAAGAGUACGUUUUUCAGCGUCAGUUCGAGUGAUUUGGUCAGCAAGUGGAUGGGAGAGUCUGAACGACUGGUCAAGCAGUUGUUCCAGAUGGCGAGGGAGAGUAAACCGGCCAUCAUCUUUAUCGACGAGAUCGAUUCCCUGGCUGGAGCACGUGGAGAGGGAGAGAGCGAGGCUAGUCGGAGGAUCAAGACCGAGUUCCUCAUUCAGAUGCAAGGAGUAGGCCACGACGAUACCGGUAUCCUCGUACUGGGCGCUACCAAUAUCCCCUGGCAACUCGACCCGGCCAUCAAGCGUCGGUUCGAGAAACGAAUCUACAUCCCCUUGCCCGAUGUGGACGCGAGGAAACGGAUGUUCGAGUUGAACGUCGGGGGGACGCCUUGUGAUCUCGGGCAGAAGGAUUGGAGGGAUCUGGCGGGCAUGACCGAGGGGUAUUCGGGAAGUGAUAUCGCCGUCAUCGUACGGGACGCUUUGAUGCAGCCUGUCCGUAAAGUCCUCAGCGCAACGCAUUUCCGCGAAGUCGACGCACCCUCCCCGGACGACCCCAGCAAGACGACCCGGAAACUGACCCCUUGUUCACCUGGCGCACCGGGCGCGAUCGAAAGGGCCUGGACGGACGUGGAUUCCGAAGAGCUGCUGGAGCCCAAGUUGAGCCUGGGGGAUUUCAAAAAGGCGAUCGAGGUCAACAGGAAGACGGUGACAGAGGCGGACGUGAGGAAACACAUCGAGUUUACGACCGAGAGUGGUGGGGAGGGGUCGUAGGUGGCCGCCAGAGGGAGAUGUGGUUUUGGUGUACUAGAAAAGUGAACCGGUUGUAUAUACCCCUCGACUCGAUGGUGUUUUUGGCUUGAUUCUGCUACAGGAUCCAUGUCUCUUAGGUCACCUGUAGUGUCUAUCUUUCGGGAAUAGCUGCUCUCGCUAUCCAUGAGCGGGGUUCUUCUCACUGGCGGAGAUGAUUCGCAAGUUCCAAUAUCCGCU